AUGGCGUGCUCGCCGUGGUCGGCGCUCGCGACGCUGGCGGCGCCGACCACCAGCCUGCUGGUGCUCAGCUACGUGUCGAGCUCGCUUGUCCACCGAGCGGCGUACGGGUACGACGACCCCUACAGCCCGGACGCCGAGUCGCCGUCGCCAUCGGCGGCGGCGGGGGCGCUGGCGCCGAGGAAGGGCCCCGGGUACCCGCCGGUGCUCGCGUACUACAUCACCGGCGGGCACGGGGACUUCGUCCGGGUGACGCGGCUGCUCAAGGCCGCGUACCACCCGCGCAACCGGUACCUGCUCCACCUGGACGCCGGCGCCGGCGCGUACGAGCGCGCGAGGCUGGCCAGCUACGUCCGGUCGGAGCGGGCGUUCCUCGAGUACGGGAACGUGCACGUCGUCUGCCGGGGGGACGCACUCGACGGCCGCGGGCCGUCCGCCGUCGCGGCGGUGCUCCGCGGCGCGGCCGUCCUGCUCCGGGUCGCCGCCGACUGGGACUGGCUCGUCACGCUCGGCGCCGCGGACUACCCGCUCGUGACGCAGGACGACCUGCUCCACGCAUUCUCCUCGGUGCCGAGGGACCUCAGCUUCACCGACCACAGGGCCGAUUCCGAAAGCCAUCACGUGGUCGUCCUCGACCAGAAUCUCCUGCAGAGCACCAACGCCGAGCUCUCCAUUUCGUCCGGGCACCGGGAGAAGCCUGACGCGUUCGAGCUCUUCAGGGGUAAUCCCUGGCCGAUACUGAGCCGGGCGUUCGUGGCGGCGCCGGACAACCUGCCCCUGACGCUGCUCAUGUACUUCAGCAACACGCUGGACGCCGCGGAGUUCUACUUCCAGACGGUCAUGGCCAACUCGCCGCGCUUCAGGAACAGCACCGUCAACCACAGCGUCCGGUUCGACGUGCCGCCGCCGCAGGGGAUGGACAUGGACCUGCGGUCGCGGUACGACGCCCUGGUGGGCAGCGGGGCCGCCUUCGCCGGGCGGUUCGGCGACGACGAGGCGCUGCUUCAGAGGAUAGACGAGGAGGUGCUGCGGCGCCCGCUGGACGGCGGUCGCGGUACGACGCCCUGCUGGGCAGCGGCGAGGGAUCGGCGGCCGAGUGCUCGAUCGGGGGAGACAUUGACGCGGUCAGGCAGGGCGCGGCGGGCCGGAGGCUGGCGAGCUUGAUCUCCGGCCUCGUCGGAACCGGCGCGUGCGACGGAUGCAAGAGCUAGACGCUCCCGCAGCCGCCGAUUGCAGGCGCGGG